AGCCUUUAGAAGACAAUGUCUUUACCUACUGACACCUGCUUCUCUAUUUGUGUUUUGCUUGUAGCCCUGGAGAGGAAAAUAUCCAUGAGGCAAAGCAGAGAGGAGCUGAUAAAGCGAGGGGUCUUGAAGGAAAUCUAUGAUAAAGAUGGGGAGCUCUCCAUAUCGAAUGAAGAUGACUCCUUGGAAAACGGGCAGUCUCUAAGCGCCAGCCAGCUGUCUCUGCCUGCCCUGUCCGAAAUGGAGCCAGUUCCGAUGCCCAGGGAUCCCUGCUCCUAUGAGGUGCUCCAACCUUCAGACAUCAUGGAUGGGACAGUGUCUGAAGAGAGUCCCUCUGCCAGUGAGUCUGGAGUCCUCCUGUCCCAAGAUCCUUCAGCCAAACCAGUCCUGCUCCUGCCCCCAAAAAAACCUGCUGCUUUCUCUGGAGACCAUGAAGAGACCCCAGUGAAGCAGCUGUCCCUUCUCAAGCAACCCCCUGCCCUGCCUCCCAAACCCACUGCCAGGAUUGCCAACCACUUAACAGAUCCUGGCGCCCCUGUGAAAUUGCCUUGUCUGCCAGUGAAACUGUCGCCUCCGCUACCUCCAAAGAAAGUCAUGAUCUGUAUGCCUGUAGGGGGGCCAGACCUCUCCCUGCCAUCCUACGUGGCUCAGAAGAGUGGCCAGCAGGGCGGGGCCCAGCACCACCACACGGUCCUGCCGUCCCAGAUCCAGCACCAGCUGCAGUAUGGCAGCCUCGGCCCGCAUCUCCCCUCCACCACCGGCUCCCUCCCCAUGCACCCCUCGGGCUGCAGGAUGAUAGACGAGCUGAACAAAACCCUGGCCAUGACCAUGCAGAGGCUGGAAAGCUCUGAGCAGCGGGUCCCCUGUUCCACUUCUUACCACAGCCCUGGUUUGCACUCGGGUGAUGGUGUCACAAAAGCAGGACCUCUGGGCCUUCCGGAAAUAAGACAAGUGCCAACUGUUGUGAUUGAAUGUGAUGACAAUAAAGAAAAUGUGCCUCAUGAAUCAGACUACGAAGACUCUUCUUGCCUGUACACGAGAGAAGAGGAGGAGGAGGAAGAGGACGAGGAUGACGACAGCUCAUUGUAUACCAGCUCCCUGGCCAUGAAGGUGUGCAGAAAGGACUCCUUAGCCAUCAAACUCAGCAACAGGCCCUCCAAGCGAGAGCUAGAAGAAAAGAACAUCCUCCCCAGGCAGACAGAUGAAGAGAGACUGGAGCUGAGGCAGCAGAUUGGCACCAAGCUCACCAGGCGCCUGAGCCAGAGGCCAACUGCAGAGGAAUUGGAGCAGAGGAACAUUUUGAAACCUCGGAAUGAACAAGAGGAACAAGAGGAGAAAAGAGAGAUCAAGAGGAGGCUAACUCGAAAGCUCAGCCAAAGGCCCACAGUGGAAGAACUUCGGGAAAGGAAGAUCCUCAUCCGCUUCAGCGACUAUGUGGAGGUGGCUGACGCUCAGGACUAUGACCGCAGGGCCGACAAGCCGUGGACCCGCCUCACCGCUGCCGACAAAGCUGCCAUUCGAAAGGAGCUCAAUGAAUUUAAAAGCACUGAAAUGGAAGUUCAUGAAUUGAGUAGACAUUUAACAAGGUUCCACCGACCUUAACCGUCGAAUUCCUCUUGAGUGCUAUGCUGUCUUCAAAACAUAAAUUUAUAAGAACCAUAAGUGCUGGUAUUUAUUCACUUCCCCAUCACGAUGUAAAUCUUCUGAACUGCCUUUUUUAAAAAGAAGAAGAAGAAAAAUAAAAGGAAACACAAUCAGGAUUCUA